UGACCACUCAGAUUGUGUUGUCGGAACUAAUCAUUUCAUCAUGAUAUUGCAUGAUAUCUCUCCCCCCUACAGAGUCUGAGGAGAUGGGAGCGAAGGAGAAGCGGGAACUACAAAUCAAGAGUUCAUCAUGCCCACCUGGUUGGCACAGAUAUAGGACACACUGCUAUCACUACGUCCCCUUCUUGGUGAACUGGCCAGAGGCAGAGCAUUACUGUUUGCUAUUGGGAGGUAACCUGGCGUCAGUGCACAGCCUCUCCCAGUAUAACUUCCUUCUGUCAGUCAUCCAAAGUAGUGCCAACGGAGCCCAGCGCACCUGGAUUGGAGCCAACGAUGCCAUCAAGAAGGGUCUUUGGCUGUGGAGCGAUGGGUCCAGGUUUAGUUACCAGAACUGGGGCCAGAAGCAACCCAGUGACCACAACAAGGUGCUGGGAAAGACAACACGAACGGCCGUGAGCAUUGUAUGGAGAUGA